GUGGAUUGAGCGUUGCUUUUGGUUGCCUCUGCUCUAAUGGAAAUCACAGGUUUAGUUCCUCUUGUGGGUGAAAACUAUGCCCUCAAGCUGAAACAUUCAAUGCAAGACCUUUUAAAUGAGAUUCCCAAAGAAUCCCCUGAUUUUUCUCGUUUCAUGAAUGCGUUUUACGAAUUGAUGCAAGCCAAGGUUGAUCCACCCUUUGAGGUGAUAUGGGUCUAUGCUGCAAUCGGCUUUCGUGGCCUCAACUCAGAAAAAGGUGAUGCCUUGGAUCGAAUAUUGGCCGCAAAAGGCUUGUUUCAGCUGUUAUCUGCGUGUUCUGCUUCCGUUGGUGCUUCAAAGAGCAUUGCUUUGUUGGUUCCUGUUGUUUAUGUGGUGCACGAAGUGCUUGUGGAGCUGUUUGGAAGGGAAUUGAGACUGAAGAGAGAGAAGAAAGCAAUGAGGGAGGUGAACUCUUUGGUAGAUACUGUUCUUGGGUAUAGCAGUGUUUGCUGUAGUAAGAUUUCUGAGGAGGAAUCUGAUUCCGUUGGUCUGAAUUUGAUUUUGCCUUUCACUGAUUUGGCUUCUGUUUGGGUGGACAAAAAUAGUGGGUUUGAAUCUUUGUUACCUCUUGUGAGCCAUGAUGUUUGUGGCUGGCUUUUUAGUAGAGAAUCUCAUGUUGAUUACUUGGCUGGUGCCGUCAUCGUGGAAGCGUUUUUCUUGAAGCUUUGCUUGUGUUUCCAUUUGGCAACGUCAAGGGAUGUAUUGGAAAUGAAUCUGAAGAGUUGGGCUGUUGGCUCAAUGUCUGGCUUUCAGAAUAUAUACUUUUUGGAGAUCCUUAUGAGGGCAGCAUUAGAGACAACUUUGCCUCUGAUCUUAAUACUGAAGCCUGAAGAUGAAAUUCUAUUGAGGAAAGUUUUGUUUGAUGCUGUACUAUUGGUGGAGUACCCUUUCCUCUAUCUAAAUACCAAGCACAUAAAAAGCCUUACCUUGACCAGAUUGAUUAUUACUCAAGAAGCUGUAGAGUAUUUUAGAGGACAUGGUGAUCAGAAUAGAGCUGUCACUUAUAGUAAGGCAUUUUCUGCUUCUCGAUUACCUUUGCAAAUAACUAAAUGGGUUACAAGCCAGAAUGGUUUGGAGGAAAAAGAUGGCAGAGCAAAUGGAUCCUCACCCAGAGCUCUUAUAAAUUGGCUGCUAAGCCUUGAGAAUCGAGGGAUUAGAGUUUUUGAAGAUGAUAUUUUAAAAAGCCAUGCUAAAUUAGGUCUUGAUUUUUCCCAAGCCGAGCAACCGGCCGGUAACUUGGAGGGCAAGGUAGCAGAUGAUGAUCUUUUUUAUGUUGAUAAUGUUGGAGAAGAGGCAAAUACAGGUGAGGAUGAUAAGCAAAACAAAUUGAUUAGUGAUGCGUUUGUAGCUGCUGCCCAAACUAUGAAGCUAUCUGAAAAUGGAAACCGAAAAAGAAAAGGAAAAAGCAGUGAAAAGAAAAUUAAAUUUGUCAAGUAUGAUCUCCAUCUAAAGUCUGAUCAAGUCAAAGCCAGUACUUCAGCCACAAAUGAUAGUUCAAGUGGUGAGAGUGAAGUUGAGGAUCCUGUUUCAGAUACAGAUGCAUAAGCUAGAACUAGAAUAACAAAGUGUUAUCUACGUCCAAGUCCACAAUCAUGCUGGAUAACUAAUGUUAUUAUGUAGUGCAUAUAGGAGGAUCCUUUGAAUGAUGGGAGGCCUCAAGAGGUGGUGAGAAGUUGCAUGCUGCCUCAUCAGUUUUGUCUCUGUGUUUCCCUGGUUUGCUAAUUUACUUCAGGCAGGCUUUUAACAAGCGUUUGGUGCGGUCACAUUGCAAUUGCUCCGGCACUUAAGCUGCUAUGCCUUCUUUUUGUGGAUUGUUACAUUUGACUGUUAAUGUGUAAUAUUCAGGUUGAAAAUUCUUAUCCACGGUCCACAAAUUGGAAGUGAAUGGGCCUUUUCCUGUUCUUCACUUCUUAGGCUCACGUUUCUUUAUGCUUUUUGCCUUUUGAAAAUUUAAUAUUGUAAAUAAUAACUCCAGAUGGAUCCGCAUGCAUGUUGAAGGCAGUUUCCUAU